AUUUUGAUAUUUCAUAUAAGUGUGGUAUUUAAAAUGGAUGCCCCAUUUUGUAGUCUGGAAAAUUCGACCCAUAAUGAAGUUGCUCCUUCUUUAAAAACUGCUCUCCAGGAGACCUUGGAUGAAUUUAUUUAUCACAGAGAUGAUGGAAAACUUUAUGUGCAAUACAGUUUCACUAGUGAAGAGGACUUUUUCAAUGAAAUCGAUGUAUCAGUACACAAUGUCCUUAAUAAAACCAAAGGAGAUAUGGCUAAAAUUGACCUAGCUGCAAAGGAUAUUCUGAUUCAGAAAGAUAAUUAUCUAGUCGAGAAAGAAAAAAUUGAUAACUGCUGUGAGCUAAGAGAAACAAUAAAAUUAAAACCUUGUCAUCUUUUUAAAACACUGGAAACAGAAUUUACUGCAGAAUAUAAUUUGAUUCAACCAGAAGAUAUGCCCACAUUAUUUCAUUCUUAUUUAGAUGAAAAAAAUAAAGACCAUCAUAUAUGUCCAGCUUGUGCUAAACGGGAAACCUCCACGAUAGUAAAACGGAAAGAGAAACAGAAACAACGACAGUUUCAAAAAUAUACUGUAACAUUAGUUAAAAGCUAUACGGAUAGUUACAAAGUUAUACCAAACUAUGUUGUAUUUAAUAACUACACAGUAGGAGAAAUCUAUCAGGAAAACAUCAAGAUAAUCAACACAAGCCGUACUAUUCAAGCUAUUGGUCUGGAAAAUUUUCCUAAAUGUCCCUACUUUUCGAUAAUAUUUAAGAAAAACGAAAAAAUAGCCCCAGGAAUGAGUGUUACCGCUACUAUCACCUUCAAGCCUAAAAAAUAUAAAACCGUUACAGACACAAUCCGUUUUAAAAAUAAUACAGGCGAAAUUGUUGAAGUUCAAAUAAUAGCCACCAGAGAUGUUCCAAAACUUAUUACUUGCAUUUUUAAGUCAUCAAAUGCCAAUCUUCUUGCUUCGGAUAACUUAAAACACGGAUUUAAAGAAAAGCGAAGAGAAGCUCUCAAUUCUACCAUCGACUGUGGCAGUUGUCUUGUCAGCCAAUAUGUACUAGUAUCAAUGAUUUUGGAAAACAGGGGUAUUACUGGAAAAUUCUUUUUUAUUACUGAAGAUGACUGGUUUUUCCAAAAUAUUAACGAUGUAUCUUCAUGCAUGGAGUUGUUUAAGGGCGACUUUUGGAUAUACCCAACAUACUUUGAAGUUUGCAAUCAAGAAAUAGUAGAAGUAAAUAUAAUAUUUCAGCCUACCAAACUAGGUCUUCAUGCCGAAACGCUAUAUUUAAUGUGUGAUAAUAACACUUUUCAAGAAAUUGAACUACUUGGAGAUGCCGUUGAAUUUUCAAAAGAUCUAAUAGAAAUAAAAGUGCCGCCCGAAGUAACAGAAAUAAGCAGUAAACAAAAUUACACUGUAUUUUUUGGACAUACUUUUAAAGAGACAGUAAAAUCUUUCAAUGUUAUGGUCAAGAACAAAAGUUCUGUGUGUUUAAGUUGUGAAUGGAGAUUUAAACACAAAAAUUCCAAAAAUGUAGUAAACUUGCCACAAGAUUGGAUAAUCCAAAAGAAAGUUAACUCUAUACUGAAACCAUAUAGUACAACGGAAUUUGAGUUUGAUAUUCAUUUAAUUCCAGAGAAAAUUGGAUAUCACAGCAUUUUUUUCUGCUUUUAUACUACCAAUAUUCCUUGUAUCAGUUUAAAAGAAAAUGAAGACUUUUUGGUUAUAGAAAGAAUAAACUUUUGUGGAAAAACACUUACCAAAGCUGUGGAUGUUCUCAUCUCACAAAUUGAAGUAUGUGUUCUUAUUCAGUUGGAUGAAAAUGAAACCAGGUGUCUUUGUGAUGAAUCCGAACAAUCUCCACAAUGUAAUCAAAUGAUGUGUUUCUCUGACCCAGUUCUAAAUUUUGGAAUUUUACCAUCCGGAAUAGACGUUCAAAAAGAGUUCGAAAUAAUAAAUGGUUCUGGUCAAAACUUAUCAUGGCAAAUUUGGGAAAUUAAAUACGAUAUUGACUGUCAACCACAUCUGCAAAUCAACAAAGAAAGUGAUAAUUUAAGUGAAACAUAUGGAACUUGCGACGCUUGUGAAGGUUAUAAACUUUUGUAUAAAAUAUGUAAUCAGGGUGUUCAAAGCUACGUAUCCUUUUUGGUACUUAUCUCAAUAACCGAUCAAAAUAUAGCUGUUGUAGAAGAUAUUUGUGUAAUUACGUAUGAAAUUAUUGAUUUUAAUAUAAAAAUUACAUCAAAAUAUAUUUCGGUACCAAUUUUAUACGCAGCGGAAAUUAUUUACAGUGGAAUACCUACUGACCUAGAACUCUUUGUAGAAAAUCUUAGCCCAAUCACAGGAUAUUUUCAAUUUUUGGGUCCCAUUGGAGAUGACGCAACAAAAAUGAUUAUAGAAUUAUCCCCAAGUUCAUCAGUUAUCAGACCAUAUGAGACUAUUACUAUUAGAGUGAAGCUUACAUGCAUGGAAACAGGAUUUUUCCAAGAUACGUAUAUUCCAUGUUUUAUUGGUUUGGGUCAAGAACCUGUAAUAGUAAAAGUUAUAUGUGCAGUAGAUGGACCUCGUGUUAUUUAUCAUUUGCCUCGAGACAACAAGAACUUUAAGAACAUAGUAUGGCCACCAUUAUUUCACUACAAUUAUGGUUUGGAGAUUGGUCAAGGUGAUGAGAGACUCAUUCAUGAAGAAUAUAACAAUUCUGCAUAUGAAUCAGAUAAAGCUACGGAAGACCUAAAUCAAGAUAUGAUUAAACUAAAUUUUACAACCCAUGAACAUGAAUUUAAGCUUCCGCUGGAAUGUAAAAACAGUUGUAAGUCCACAGAAGGUGAGGAAGAUUUUCAGAAGAAAAGUUCUACAUCCGUAUUCUCAGGCAUAGAAAAUCAAAAUUUAGAAUAUACUUUAAGGCAAGGUUCUGAAGAAAGCCUAUUUUUGCAUGAAGAUGUUGUAGAAAUACAUAAUAUACAAAUUUUAAGUGCUAGAAGAAUAUCAAUUUAUAUAGAAAACAUUAGCCCUAUAGCUGUAACGUAUAACAUCAAAUUAAGAAAUUUUUAUUACAACAAAAAUUUUGACCAUACAGCUGUGAGACAGAAACUAAAAAAUAUUGUAGAUCUAUGCAAGAGCGCACCUCAUGGAAUCAUCAUACAACCUGAUAUUCAAGAAGACCAAAUUAAAGGAUAUUGCGCUUUAAGAAUAGAUUUUUGGAUAUAUGCAAACACUUUUGGCAUAUAUACAGAGGAAAUAAUAGUGGAAAUAUCGGAAGUUCCAGAUUAUCACUUUUCUAUGAUAAUUGAAGUUGUUGGAUGUCCAGUUCAAAUUCCUUUGGGACUAAAUUGUAUCACUAAAUAUCCAACAAUUAGGUUUGGAUCUGUAGCUUUCCAAUCCGCAAACAUCAACAGGAAAAUAAAAAUAAUUAAUGUCAGUGCAAUUCCUAUACAAAUUAUUUGGUAUCCGUUUAACAACAAACUCAAUGAGAAGUACAUACAUGAAGAAGAGCCUUUUACUAUUCUAUUUCAUAUGUCUGGCGAUUGUUGUUCGGAAAUUAUUGGAGAAAUAGUAGUAUUAGAUAAGUUCUUUGGAGAAUAUAGUGGAGCAUUUUGUGAUGUAGAACAAAGGGAGACAUACAUUAAUCCCCAUAGUGAAGCUUAUAUCAAUAUUUGUAUAAAUCCAACAUAUUUUAAAGAAGAAUCUGAAGGUAUAAACAUUAUGAAUUAUCUCGUAGGUUUGAUACAAGUAGAUUCUAAAUAUAUGAAAUAUGCAAAUUACUACUACAGAAAACUAGAUCCAAAUGUACACCAGGUCCAAAUACAAGUUCAAACGCGACUAGAGAUCCCAACUUUGCAAUUGGACUUUUCAGAACAAAACAAAAACUUCUUGCAUGUAUAUGCCAAUGAUAUUUUACUGAAAAACCAAUACGACCAUCAUAAGUAUGUGGUUUUACGAAAUACCAGCGGAGUCGAAUGCGAAGUCGAUAUAUAUGUGGAGUGUCCAUUUUAUUUCAAAAAGUCUAAAAAAGAACGAUCUGACCGAAUGACAAUGGUGUCAACUGGUGGAAGUGCGAGAGAAGUACAUAUGUAUUGCCAGUUUACGCCUAACGAUAUACUAGACCUUAGUUCUUUGAUAUAUUCAACUGAGAAAGAAAACUCCAAUACUAGAAAUCAAAAAGGGAUUAUUAAUGAAGAAAAGGCGUACACAAAAGAUGAUGAAAAUAAAAUAAUUCACAUAAAUAAAACAUUAACUUUAAGUUAUAGACAGCAUGUUAAAAAGUUUCCAAUGAAAAUAAUUAUUCACUAUCCAAACAUAUCAGUAACUCCUACCUUUGUCGACUAUUCAAAUGUUCUACUUAACCAGGCCAAUAAAAACAUGAUAACCGUAUUUAAUCAUACAGGUUGUGUGGUCAAAUUUGAAAUUACAAAAUCUAAAAACGCCAAUUCUUUUGUAAUAACUCCGCACUAUGGGGAAAUACCGCCAAGUACAGGAAACUUGAAGCAGUAUGUGAAUAUUUUUAUUUAUUUCUGUGCAACAGAAUGUAAGAAAUAUUCUGAGUCUUUAAGAAUUGUUACGAAUAUCCCUGAUUAUUUUAUAGAAGUGCCACUGAAAGGAGUAGGUUCGAUUAAUGAAAAAUUUUGUAUUAACUACAAAAUAUAAAAUCAUUAUUAUUUAUA